GCUCUCCAUGAAAAAAAACUUUUAGUGUUCUCUCUUUAGUAUUAACAGUUGGUAAAAAAAGUAACAAAAAGUCUAUAUAAAUGUGGCCUCUCUCAACUCAAUGAAUAUCACUAACCUACAAAGUGAUAAGCCUGGUACUGAAGAUAUGGCAACAGCUCCCAAAGCCACUACUCCGGGUCCUUGCGAUUUCCCAUCCACCAUAGUUCGAGCUACCAUCGUGCAGGCUUCCACUGUCUAUAAUGAUACUCCCAAAACUAUAGAAAAGGCGGGAGAGUUUAUUGCGCAGGCGGCGGCCGACGGAGCGCAGCUGGUGGUGUUCCCCGAGGCGUAUAUCGGUGGCUAUCCUCGUGGAUAUAGGUUCGGCAUAGGGGUUGGGGUUCAUAACGAAGCUGGUCGUGACUGUUUCCGCAAAUAUCAUGCUUCUGCCAUUGUGGUUCCUGGACCUGAAGUAGACACGCUAGCGGAGAUGGCUAGGAAAAACAAAGUGUACUUGGUGAUGGGAGCGAUGGAGAAGGAUGGAUAUACACUCUAUUGCACAGCCCUUUUCUUCAGUUCCGAAGGUCGCUUCUUGGGCAAGCACCGUAAAGUCAUGCCAACAUCUCUCGAACGUUGCAUCUGGGGUUACGGGGAUGGAUCAACCAUCCCUGUCUACGACACUCCUCUUGGCAAACUCGGUGCUGCUAUUUGCUGGGAAAAUAGGAUGCCCCUCUUAAGGACUUCCUUGUAUGGCAAAGGAAUUGAAUUAUACUGUGCACCUACUGCUGACGGUUCCAAGGAAUGGCAAUCAUCGAUGAUGCACAUUGCAAUCGAGGGUGGAUGCUUCGUGAUGUCGGCUUGCCAGUUCUGCGUGCGUAAAGAUUUCCCUGACCAUGCUGAUUACUUGUUCACCGACUGGUACCCAGAGCAACACCAAGAGGCUAUUGUCUCCCAGGGCGGUAGUGUCAUUAUUUCACCAUUGGGAAAGAUUCUCGCCGGGCCAAACUUUGAAUCAGAGGGUCUCAUCACUGCUGAUCUUGAUCUUGGUGAUAUCGCAAGAGCCAAGUUAUACUUCGAUGUUGUCGGGCAUUACUCAAGGCCAGAUAUAUUUAACUUGAGAGUAAAUGAGAACCAAAAUAAACCGGUUACAUUCGUGUCCAAGUCGGUGAAAGCUGAAGAUGAUUCAGAGCCGCAAAACAAGUAAUCAAGAUAUAAAGGUCGUUGUCAAUGUAUCUUCUCCCUUCUCCUCAACUACUGGAGUUAAUUAAUGUCAGCCAUAUGUUAUUGUGAGUUCAAAUAAAUCUGUUUCGAGAGAGUAUGUCAAGUUUGUUUAUCUUUAUGCUCAAUAAUUCAAGAGAGCCAGCUGGAUAUGUAUGUUGUAUGAUUAAACCAAUCGGUUCUCUUCUCUUGUAUUCGAAUUGUUGUUUUCAUGUUAUGUUUUACGUGUGGACCUAUAUCUUUGUGUUUGGUGGUAUUGUUUGAACAUUGGUAUAAUGUGUGUAUUCUGGACUAA